UCGAUAGUACCAAGCGAGUCACAAAGUCCAAUAAUAGCUUUAUUGUCGUUGGUUUGCCUGCCCCGCUUGAACCGCGGCGGCGAUGGAGGCGACCGCCCCCACUCAGGUGACCAGCUCGCUGACGCGCAUCGCCGCCUCCCCUCCGCCGCAUCGCCUCCUCCCCCUCCCCGCGGAGAUGCAGCCUGCCCUCGGACGGAUGCGAUCCCAGCCGCCGCUAGAACCGAGCGAGUGUCUUCAAACAAAGUCGCCGAGACACAAAACCGGCUUAAUAAUCACGUAGAAAGUUAAACCAUUGUUCAUUUUGUGAGAUUAUUCCGCACGACUGCUCUCUUUUGCUCUCCUCCAUCCGUCGCCUCUUCCUCUCACCUCCCCCCGAAACGGGACACCGUACUGGGCAGACGCGAUGAGCGACUCGACGGCAUCCGAUGGAAUGGUGGAGGUCAAACAAGGCACCAAGUACGUCAAGGAGACCGAGAACGUGGCAGAGAAAUACUCGGCCAUGACCGUGAGCAAGAACAGCAGUGACGUGAACAUGAACGUCGGGGAGAUGCCCUCCGCCGCCUUCACGGCCGUCCCCACGCUCAAGUCCGUCAAGAAGAUCCAGUUUGCCAAUACGGAGGACAAGCAGGAGUUCAGCAAAUACCCGACCAAGGCUGGCCGCCGCUCCCUCUCUCGCUCCAUCUCGCAGUCGUCCACGGACAGCUACAGCUCAGCUGCGUCGUACACCGACAGCUCCGACGAUGAAACCACCCCGAGAGACAAAGCUCAGGUCAACACACAGGGCAGCAGCGACUUCUGCGUGAAGAACAUCAAACAGGCCGAGUUUGGCCGCCGUGAGAUUGAGAUUGCCGAACAAGAUAUGUCGGCCCUCAUUUCCCUGAGGAAGCGAGCCCAGGGUGAGAAGCCUCUGGCGGGGGCCAAGGUGGUGGGCUGUACCCACAUCACCGCUCAAACUGCAGUGCUGAUCGAGACUCUGGUGGCUCUGGGGGCUCAGUGUCGCUGGACCGCCUGCAACAUCUACUCCACCCAGAACGAGGUGGCCGCCGCUCUGGCCGAGACAGGAGUGCCCGUGUUUGCCUGGAAGGGCGAGACCGAGGACGACUUCUGGUGGUGCAUCGACCGCUGCGUCAACACGGAGGGCUGGGAGGCCAAUAUGAUUUUGGACGACGGCGGAGACUUGACACACUGGGUUUACAAGAAGUACCCCAACGUGUUCAAGAAAGUGCGAGGCAUCGUUGAGGAGAGCGUCACCGGAGUUCACCGAUUGUACCAGCUGUCGAAAGCCGGCAAGCUGUGCGUCCCGGCGAUGAACGUCAACGACUCGGUCACCAAGCAGAAGUUUGACAACCUCUACUGCUGCCGCGAAUCCAUCCUGGACGGCUUGAAGAGGACCACGGACAUCAUGUUUGGCGGCAAACAAGUGGUGGUGUGCGGCUACGGAGAGGUGGGCAAAGGCUGCUGCACGGCUCUGAAAGCGCUCGGAGCCAUCGUGUGCAUCACUGAGAUUGACCCGAUCUGCGCCCUACAGGCGUGCAUGGACGGCUUCCGAGUGGUCAAACUGGGCGAGGUCAUCCGGCAGAUGGAUGUGGUCAUCACUUGCACUGGCAACAAGAACGUCGUCACCAGAGAGCAACUGGAUCGCAUGAAGAAUGGCUGCGUGGUGUGCAACAUGGGCCACUCCAACACGGAGAUUGACGUGGCCAGCCUACGCAGCCACGAGCUGACCUGGGAGAGGGUCCGCUCGCAGGUGGACCACAUCAUCUGGCCCGACGGCAAGAGGGUUGUGCUUCUGGCCGAGGGUCGCCUGCUGAACCUGAGCUGCUCCACGGUGCCCACCUUCGUGUUGUCCAUCACGGCGACCACUCAGGCUCUGGCCUUAAUCGAGUUGUUCAACGCCCCGGAGGGACGUUACAAGCAGGACGUGUAUCUCCUGCCGAAGAAAAUGGACGAGUACGUGGCCAGUUUGCAUCUCGCCAACUUUGACGCUCACCUCACGGAGCUCUCUGACGAGCAGGCCAAGUACAUGGGCCUCAACAAGAACGGACCCUUCAAGCCCAACUAUUACAGGUAUUAAUGGGGAGGCCUCGCUGACGUUAUCCUGAAAUGAACAGAGAUAUCUAUUUUAUUCGAUAAAUUGCCACACAAUGGAGGACUUAUUUUACCGAUGUAAGCGACAUAGUAGGGCAGGCAUAGCUUGAAAAAAUGUAUUGCAUAAUCAGCCAGCAUGUUUGUUUUGUCAAAUAUUUACACAAAAGGUCAUUUGGAUGCACUGUUAGGAACCGCAGCUUUUUCUUUUCUUUUUUUUUUUUUUUAAAUGCACGGUGCCAAAAAUGAAGGCCGUAAGAAUGAAAGCCGGCCAGUGAGAUGAAAUAUUGAGUGCGAUCUACAUUCCGCUUGUUCGCGAUACCCGAGCGACGUUUCCUUUUUGUGUGGUCAGAUUCCUGCUGAAUUUUAUUGCUCUGCUCUCAAAUGUAUCCCCCAGUCACUCGGCAAUGGAUAAAAUGCGUGAGAAUUCAAUCAGAAAAAAAUGGUGGAGCAACACACGUAGACAGACAAAAUGCCUCAUUUACCGUCAGAGUCAUCAACUCGACAUUCAUAAUCAAGAGCCAAUAAGGAGAGGCGACACUCGAUUCUGGUACCAAAUCACUCGAGAGGGUUGGGGGGGGGGGGGGACAAGUGAAAAUGUGUGUACGUGAUUGAAAAUGACACACGUGUGUGCGAUCGUCAGGGAAAACUUCCAAGUAAGCUGCAGCUGGUGUUGACAGCGCCACCCGUGCCCGACCUUGCUCUUGUUUUGUCUUAUUACCGUAUCUCUUUCCAACCACAUUCUCGGAAAGGUGGUUGUGUCCCCUUAACUUUCACACGGUGCACUAAGCAUUCUUUAUUAUAAGUAUGAGCAUGACUUUAUCAAGAGCAUAAUCGAUUCACCAUGAUUAAUUGUAUGAUUCCGAAACCGUAAAAUAUAUAUAAUUCCGACAUUCAUAACCGAUGCUAGUAUGCUAGGCUAAUUUUCAUUGAUUCUGAAUGAAUGAGCUCUUCCCUCAGUGAUCAGGUUAACGCCGUCUGAAUUUCCAACGUGUCAAUAUUUGAAUCAGCUUUACUGUUGGGG